AUCCUUCAUGAGGUGACAGUAAAUUCCAGGAUCUGAUUAUUUAUGUGCGUCACACAGGAUCUUAACGAUUAUCACUUUGAAAUGAAACGCAUGAAGGAUCUUCUUUUGGAUUCACGACAUUAAUGCAUUUAAAUGACUUUGAUUCGAGUCUCAGCCAGUUGAAAGCUCCGGAGACGAGUUCCUGAAGUUACCUUUACCUGUAAACAGCUUCAGCAGCAGUCGUGUCGUGCCAGUGGGAGUGAAGGAUUCAAGCGCGUCAUUUCCCUGGAGAGCCUCACCCUCUGCUCCUGCACUCUGAAACCAUACAUGAUCUUAAGGAAACAUGACUUUGAUUAAACUUGAAGAACAAUAAUAUCGACGUGAUUCAUUCUAUCUUAACUGGGGGAUUAUACUAUGUGAAUAUUGGAUUUAAAUCACUUGGCAAUAAUGCGGAUGCAGGUCUCUCUGAUUACCUUGAUCCUCAUCUACACAGCCGCAACAGAGGCUCAAAGUCCCCUUCCUCCUCCCACCAAUGUGUCUAUCCAGUGUGACAACUAUGGAGUUGAGGUACACUGGCAAUAUCCUCCUUUCAACAAAGAUGUUUUAUUCCAAGUGGUCAUCAAGCCAGAUAUCUGGAUGAGGGUUGAAAAUCAUACUACCAGCAACCUCUCUUUAAACAUAUCCAGCAUGCUGGGGAAUCCGGAGUUCAAUAGCUACUUUGUCACUGUGACGGCCACGUCAGGAUUAAACAAGUCUAAGGAAGCGAAAUCAGAUCGAUUCAGCUUCAAUAAAUAUGCAACAAGCAAAAUUACAUGUCAACUGGACUUCCCUGAGGUUAAACUGUAUCCCAAUGACGGAAAACUUCACCUUCAGUUCAGCAAUCCUCUGCACCUCUACAAAAACUCACCAGCUCUGCGCAAUGUCACCGAUAGUCUUCAAUAUGAUGUUAAAACAGAAGAGGAGGAAAAUACAUUCAGCUGUGGAUUGGAGCUUAAAAUAUGUGAGACUUCCAUUGAAUUUGCAGAGGAGAGGAAGAAAUACUGCGUCAAUCUCACUGGACUGAUCGGACAGAGAGAGCUCAGGCCCAUCUCAGAGUGUUACGAAGGAGACAUUAAAAGCUAUCUGUUCCUGUUCUCAGUGCUGGGAGUUGUUUUAAUGCUGUUGUUUAUAGCUGGUUUAUUAUUGCUGCUAGCAAAGGAAUUAAACAAGAAAAUUACGAUGAAAGCAGCUUCUGCUUUUCCCAAGUUCUUGGUUAAACCAACACAAACAAACCUGUGCAAACCUCUGAAACUGGAGGCGGAGAAUGUGGUCAGAGAAGUUCAGAUUGUACCGCUCACUUACACUGGGGACCCUACAGAACAUGCAGCAUUAUUAAUAGAGAUCUCCAAUCAGGACCAGUCCUCAGAUUGGCCCAACUCUUCUGUCAGCUCCGACCACAACUGCAAGAAUGUGCGAGGCAGUGAGCUGGAAGAUGUCUCCUCCAGUGGAUUUAAUGACCUUGUCAAACCCGAGUCAAAAAUGGUGUCCACCAGUGACCUAUCGGCAGGGUAUGACUGUCCACAUGUCACGAGACAAGAAAUGAGUCCUGACGAUAUGGUAGAAGUUUACGGAAUCUAGAAAACCACCUGGGCGCUGCAAUAGAUGCAGGAGACUGCUUUCAGAGGUCUACAAGAAAAGGAAAAGCACCUAAAAAGAUGAUACCCCCCCAGUACCUAUUUCUGGAAUGUUGUUUUGCUGGGAACUUGACUGGCCCAAGGCCAGCAGCCUGAUGUGACUGUAGAUUGUUAGUACAAACAAGUUUCCACAUGACUUCAUGAAAUGGAAUUUCCCAGAUACUUCCAUUCACAGCACAAAGGGACAAUGAUUUUUUUUUUAAGCAUUUGUCAUCAUUACAAACAUUUUUCAGAAUUAAGCAUUUCUUUUCCAUUAUAUUUAAGCAGGUUUUUAUAUAUGCUGUAUAUAUUUCAUCUUGUUGGCCAGAAUGAUGUCAUAAGGCCUUUGAACAAAGUUUUACAACACCUUUUAACGGUGCUGCUCAGGUCAUGCGAAUCAAGCCACUGGAUGUGUGCUGCGUUCACUUUUCGUCAGAACUGCUGUAAUUACAAGAUGAGCGGAAAGGUUUAACUCUGAGCUGUUGGUCAUGGAAAAUACUGAAUAGCUACAUGAAUUCACCUCUAAAUUCCAUCGCAAAAUGUUUAAGUUGCAUCGGCUAUCGAGAGCAACAGUGGCCGUCGUCUUGGUUCUGCAAGUAUUUUUCCCCAUUACAUUUUUCCAUAGGGAUUUCAUCAAAUCAUUCCUAAAAACAGUUCUAAGCCAUUAAACAAACCAACCAGCUCUGAUGUGAUUCGCAGCAUUACAAACUUUGAUUUGAAGCAAAAAAGUAUAAAAAAUAUAUAUAUAUGUAGUUUGAGAGAUUUGACCGAGUCAUUCACAGUGCGUCAUGGGAGUGGGUGGUCGCUGCAGAGCUCUUUUGCCGGGCUUUGUUUGCCGCGAUUCUCUGAUUGGUGGAUCUUUCUCUGCUGGAUCAUAAGUAAUGUAAUUCUUCACCAGGAAUUCUGCUAUCAGAAACCUGAUUUCUAUACAAUGAAGUUGAAAUAACAUUGAUUGAUGGCUUCAACAGAAGCCCAACCAAGAAGCUCUAGCACCAAUGGUCACCGGAUGUAGAAAGGAAGUCCCGCCUUACAGGUAAAAGAGCCAAUCCCCCUUUAAGAUACAGAUAUCGCCUGUCAAUCAACUCGCUAACAAGCAUGUGCAUUAGCUACACAAGCUGGGAAAAUUGCGUGUUUUAGCGUAAUAUGGGGUAAAGAAGCACAAUUUAUGAUUCCAAUAUUACAAGAUUUUAUUGCUGAUUUGAAAUAUGUUCUUUGAUCGCAAUCUUGACCAACAGUUUUUGAGUUUGUGUCCCCCCCCCCCCAAUCAUUUAAGUUUGACAAACAAAACACGGCAAUUCUGAUGUGACGUGGACGCAUCAUCAGAGAAUAUCAUAAGGCAGAAAGGGUCUUUUAUUUCAGGUAAACUACAUGAUGCAUUUUGCAUUCCAUAAUCAAGAGGAUGCAAUGAAUUCAGGAGCUUCUUUGCGACAAAGACAGCCUGUCUAGAUUAUAGACAGCUGAUAGGGUACAAUCAUAGUUUCUGUUGUUAUACUGGUUGAGUACGAGUGGUGAAAAAUGGUGAAUGGGAUUUCUGUUCAGUGUUGUUGUUUUGUUUUUUGUUUUUUGUUUU